AGGUUUUUUCUAUAAUAUAUAUUAAACACCUUUUAUUUUCCAAAAUCUCUGCAUCUUCUCUCUAAAGCCAUCAUCUUAGUUUUGGUGUCUGCCUGGUUAUUGGUCGACGGUCAAAGACUAUUUUGUGCUUCUCCUAAAGAACGAUCUUAAGGCUUCAUCAUCAUGAGAGUGUUUCUAGGUCUCUUGCUUCUCUUGGCCUUGACCAAAUCUUCAAGUGCAAUUUACUGUCUCUGCAAAGAUGGGGUAGGAGAGAAAGAGCUCCAAACAGCAAUAGACUAUGCAUGUGGAAGCUUAGCAGAUUGCAAUCCAAUCCAUGAUAACGGUCCUUGUUACCAACCAAACAACAUCAAAAGCCACUGUGAUUGGGCUGUUAACAGCUACUUUCAGAAAGCAUCUCAAGUCUCUGGAAGUUGUAAUUUCUCCGGAACUGCCACUACCAAUCAAAACCCACCUUCCAAUUUGGUUACUGGUUGCAUAUAUCCUUCAAGUGCAUCAACAACAUCACCAACGGGAACAACUCUAACAAACGGAACUACUCCUGCGUUUGGUCCAACCGGAACAGGAGGCUUUCAAGGAAAUGGUGCUUCCAGUUUGGUCAUUUCCCAUGUUUUAACACACUGUUUCUCAUCACUAGUGUUUCUAUGGGGUUCUGAUGUAAGGCUGGGAUUUAGCCACGCGUAGAGAGACAAAGACAUCCACUUAGAUGGAUUCGUCUUUGAUUCUCUUUUGGGUGGAGAAAGAAGCUUAGUUGUUUGUUGUGGUUUCUUUCUUUGUUCUUUCAUAAAAUAUGUAAAGGUUGGUCUAA